AUGACCCGCCGCUGCGCGCUGCUAGCCUGGGCCCUCCUCCCGGCUGUCCUCAGCCUCGGAGCGGCUCAAGAAGACUCGGUAAGCUGCAUAUCCAUCGUGCCCCGCAGAGAGUGGAAGGCCCUGGCGUCCGAGCGCAACCAGCGCCUAGAACGGCCCGUGCGCUACGCGGUGGUGUCGCACGCAGCGGGCAGCGCCUGGGACACCCCAGCCUCUUGCCUGAAGCAGGUCCAGAACGUGCAGCACUACCACGUGCGGACGCUGGGCUGGUGCGACGUGGGCUACGACUCCCUGAUGCGAGAAGAGAGGCUCCAGUAUGAGGGCCGGGGCUGGAACACCUUGGGCGCCCACUCAGGUCCCACCUAGAACCCCAUAUCCCUCGGCAUCUCCUUCCUGGAUAACUACAUGGAUCGGGUGCUCCCGCCCCGCGCCAUCAGGACAGCCCAGAGUCUGCUGGCUUGCGGCGUGGCUCAGGGAUUCUUGACUCCUAGCUACGAGGUCAAAGGACACCGGGAUGUGUAGCAGACGCUCUCUCCAGGCUACCAGCUGUAUGAAAUCAUCCAGCAAUGGUCACACUACCACCGCGUGUAA